CCGGGGGCCAACUUCUUCCUUUAACAAGAUGGCGGCGGGAAACGGUGGUGGUGGUGGUGGUGGUGGGCAGUGCUCGAAAACCGAGGCCGAUUCCGGCUUCCUGGGGCUGCGGCCCACUUCGGUGGACCCGGCGCUGAGGCGGCGGCGGCGAGGCCCAAGAAAUAAAAAGCGGGGCUGGCGGCGGCUCGCUCAGGAGCCGCUGGGACUGGAAGUGGAUCAGUUCCUGGAGGACGUGCGGCUGCAGGAGCGCACGAGCGGUGGUUUGAUAUCAGAAGCGCCGAAUGAAAAACUCUUCUUCGUGGACACUGGCUUCAAGAAUAAAGCCGUAGAGCUGAACAAGAAGAGGACCAGAGGCCAGAAGAGGUCACUGCUUCUCAAGAAACCCCUUCGGAUCGACCUCAUCCUAGAGAACACGUCCAAGGUCCCUGCCCCCAAAGAUGUCCUUGCCCACCAGGUCCCCAACGCCAAGAAGCUCAAGCGGAAGGAGCAGCUAUGGGAGAGGCUGGCAGAGCGGGGCGAGCUUCCGCGGGAGGUGCGCAGGGCGCAGGCCCGGCUCCUCAACCCUCCCGCGGCCAGAGCCAAGCCCGGGCCCCAGGACACGGUCGAGGGGCCCUUCUAUGACCUCUGGGCCCAAGGCAACCCUUUGGAGGGGCCCUUGGAGGGCCAGGACCCUUUUUUCCUGGAGCAGACCAAGAAGAAAGGCGUGAAGCGGCCGCAGCAUCUCCACACCAAGCCCUCCCAGGCGCCUGCCGUGGAGGUGGUGCCCGCGGGAGCCUCCUACAACCCAUCCUUUGAGGACCACCAGACCCUGCUGCGGGCGGCCCACGAGGUGGAGCUGCGGCGGCAGAAGGCGGCGGAGACGCUGGAGCGGCGGCUGGCCCUGCCGGCCUCGGAGCAGGCGGCCACCCCGGAGUCUGCCUUCCAGGAGAUGUGCCAGGGGCUGCUGGAGGAGUCGGAGGGCGAGGGGGAGCCAGGUGAGGGCCAGGACGCGGGGCCCCAGGCUGGAGGAGACCAGGCCGCAGGAGCCGAGGCCUCGGCCGCAGCUGUGCGCCUGGCCUCCGCGGAGAAGAAGACAGAGCAGCAGCGACGGCGGGAGAAGGCCGCCCGGGUGCUGAGGGUGCAGCAGGCCGCGGUGCGGGCUGCCCGGCUCCGGCACCAGGAGCUCUUCAGGCUGCGCGGGAUCAAGGCGCAGGUGGCGCGGUGGCUGGCGGAGCUGGCUCGGCGGCGGGCGCGGCGGCAGGCGAGGCGGCUGGCAGAGGCGGACAGGCCCCGGCGGCUGGGGCGGCUCAAGUAUCAGGACCCUGACAUUGACGUGCAGCUCAGCUCGGAGCUGUCUGACUCUCUCAGGACUCUGAAGCCCGAGGGCAACAUCCUCCGUGACCGGUUCAAGAGCUUCCAGAGGAGAAACAUGCUCGAGCCUCGGGAGCGAGCCAAGUUCAAGCGCAAGUACAAAGUGAAGCUCGUGGAGAAGCGGGCGUUCCGCGAGAUCCAGUUGUAGCUGCUGGAGCCCCCGCCCUUCAAUAAAGCACCUGCUGAGCAACA